AUGGACCGAGGAGGCUGCCAGAUGAGCGGAGGAGGCGGCGGCAGCGACGCCACCGACCGACCCGGGAUGAUCACCCUGGAGGACCUGGAGUCCUUCUCCGAGGACCAGCUGUCAGACUCCGGCAACGGCAGCCUGGAAGAGGAGGGAGAAACUAUGGAGGCAGAAGACAAUUCCGACCGACUGCUGCAUUACUGGCAGGAAGUGGCGAGAGGACACCAAGUGGAAGUUUCUCCAGAUAUGGCAGAACCCAUUCAGCAGCUAAGCAGCGACAACCAAGGACGAAGUCAAAGAGAGCACAUCCCAUUUACCCUGCUAAUGCGAAAAGAGAAGUGUGGAGAACCGCUUUAUGAGAAACGUCAAUAUGAAAAGGGUCACUGGGCUUGUAUAACGUUGCACGAGGAAACAUACGAACAGAGCAUCUGCUACGGCUUCAUGAGAAUAAUGAGAUACAUCUGUCAGCAGAACUCCUUAGGAGACUACCUCGGUAUGACGCUGCCCAUAGUGACGGUAGUGCGGACAGAUGAAAAUCAUUCAGUGAUCUCCCAGGACGUCACUGUAGCCUACUACCUUCCCAUAGAGCAUCAGGCGCAGCCUCCACAGCCUGAUGAUAACGAGAUUGCCAUCGAGGUCUGGCCUGCCACUACCGUGUACACAAGGGGGUUUAGUGGUCCCACCAAUGAAGUGACCAUCAUCAAUCAAAUCAACGCCAUGGCCGAGCUGCUGGACUCUCCAGCUGUUUGCGUAAACGACUCGUUCAUCGUAGCCGGCUACACCAACCCCGCUCACAGCAACCGUCAGAAUGAAAUCUGGUUCCUGGAGCGGCGCUGACCCAGCGGCAUUAAUCCUACCAGUAACCCUAAAGCCUCAUGGACCCUUUGACACUGCCCCAGCUAGCUCAGCUACAGCCUCAGGUUCCAACAUCCUUUUAAGUCACCAUCCCUACCUGAAACGAAUACCAGCCUAGCACAAUCCAGAGCCGAUAGGUUUAUCAGUUUAAACAGACGAAAAGAAAAAAAAGUCUGAACCUUAAAGACUUUCCUUCUUUUUAAACAGAAGCGUGCCCCCAGUGGACAUGCAGCCUCACUGCACCCCUGCAGUUUGUUACAUAGCCAUAAUAACAUUCAGCCAUGUUGGUUACACCGUCGUGUGAUUUCGGCUUCAGCACCGCUACUUUUCUCUUUGGAAUAUACCAAUAUAACGUGGCUAAAGGUGGACAGUGACCGAUAAAAUGACCGAGAAUCAGCAGCUUGGUUUCUGUGCCAUGAACCCAACUGUGUGCUGCAGUUGGGUUUGAAUCAACCAGCAUACCAACCACUACUGAGAUUUAUUAUUUCAGGCACAAAAUUCCUCAAUGAUCUCAUUUAUGUACCUUAAAGGAUAUAACAGAAUUAAAGAGGAAUAAACAAUGUGGGACUUCAAGGCCCAGCAUUGUGACAGAGACUAAAGAUUUUAAAUAUAAGAGUUCACCAUCAGCUGCUCUGUUUAGGCAGCUCAGAAAUAAUUAAAGUGAAUAUUAUAGUACAAAUUUAUUUUAAGAAUAUCUUUAUCUCAGUUUGCUGUUAAAGUCUUUCCUGAUUUUAAAAGUAUAUUAUUUAAAAGCGAGAAGUAUCAAAGUUAUAAUUCUGCUUUUUUUGUUUUUUCCCCCUCAUUUUGAGCCUAAAUGAUCUUGUUCUGUUGACAAAUUCUCUUACCUGCUCAAAACAAGGGGAAUGCACCUAUUUCAAGAAAAAAAUGACUUGCUUAUGUUUCAUUUUUUGAAUGGCAAUUUGGUUUUUCCACCAAAUUAGAUUAAUUGCUUAACUAAAGGUGGUGCUACACCAGGCUCCCACCUGGUUCUACCAAAAACAGAAAAAGAGUUUGUGACUCUUAGAAUGACAGGAUCUUGUGGAUUAGAGAAUCUCCCAUCAGAUUUAUCCAGAUUUUUACUGGAUGACCUCAAUGAAUGGAAACCUGACCUGAUAAACAGAUAUCUUAAUAGCAUCUUCACUUAUUCAGGUUGUUGUAACAAGCUGUUUGUGAAGGUUUCAGAAUGCUGUAAGAACGAAUCUUCACUGCAAAUUUAGGAU